AUGAUUGGAGGAAGGGAGGCAGAAAAAGGAGAAUUUCCAUUUUUGGUAGCAAUAUUUAGAAAAGAAAGAUUUAAGGGUGCUUUUUCUUUAAUCACAACAAGGACGGUAAUAGGAGCAGCGCACGUUGUAGACGAAUACGCAGUCAAAGAUUAUUACGGAAGAAUAGGAGACGUUAACAAAAACAGGGGGAAAAAAGUGCUGUUUCGAAAAAGGAUUAUACACUCACGUUAUAAUUCAGAAAAGUUUUAUAAUGAUAUUGCACUUCUGAUUCUCACACACAGUAUUAAUAAUAUAUCUCCGAUUGCUUUAGUUGGAAAAAACGUAAGAUUUACUCAAGGUUCCGCCACGUUUGUUGGUUGGGGAAGAAUUGGUUACAAUGACAGAACAGACCUUCUUCAUGUAGCGAAAGUGAACUUAGUAGAUCCAAUAUACGUGGGUCGUAAAUUCGACUACGAAUUAACUUACAAAGAAAUUACAACACUGUCAUCUAGAGUAAAAGCCCUGGAAGGAGAUUCUGGCUCACCACUGAUCAAGAGAGAUGCGUCAAAAAAACCAGUGCUUAUUGGCAUUUUGGCUAACGGCGGACAUAAUAUUAAACAACCAGAUAUAUACAUGUCAACCAGUUUUCACCAUAAUUUUAUAAAAACUCACAGCGUCGGACGUCUCACAUACCUACACGUACAAAAUUAA